AGCAAUGUUGCUUAAUAAUAGGCCUAUCACUUCCCUCUCAGAUGGCAUGACGACAACUUGUAAUAUGUUUAAGUUAAUGUUUUACUUCCUGGUGUUGAUUUGUUCAUUGAAUAAUGCUGAAGUUUAUGCCAUUAGAAAAUGUUACGGGGAACUCGGUUGUUUUGAUUCUUAUGGCUUUCCAUUCAACAAAUUACCAUCGAGUAGGGAUGAAGUUGGAACUAAAUUUACAAUUCAAAGUCGAUAUAUAACAGAAGAUGAAUCCUUAUCAGCAAAUGAUGUAUCGAGUUCGAGCUUCAAUUCAGCGAUCCCGACCAAGUUUAUUAUUCAUGGUUUUGAUCAGAGCAACUGGAAAGAUCGGGUAACAGAAAUGAGACAAUUGCUCCUAAUUGAAGGCAACUAUAACGUUAUCAUCGUGGACUGGGAAGAGGGAGCAGGAGAACAUUUCUGGGACUACUACGAUGCAGUAGGCAACUCACGAAUUGUCGGCGCAGAAAUUGAUCUCCUGAUAAAUAAAUUUCAGAGUGUUUACAGAAUCUCAUUGAGUAGUGUGCAUUUGAUCGGGUUCAGCUUAGGAGCUCAUGUAGCAGGAUUUGCUGGAGAUAGGCUAAACGGCAGAAUUGGACGUAUUACUGGGUUAGAUCCAGCUAAACCUGGAUUCGAGGAUGAAAACAUAUAUCGAAGACUGGAUCAUACAGAUGCUGCUUACGUGGAUAUCAUUCAUACCGACGCCAAUCUUUGGGGUAUAAAUCAUUCAGUCGGAGACGUAGAUUAUUAUCCAAGUGGUGGAGAAGAUCAACCUGGAUGUGAGUGGUAUAGAUUUCCCAGUAUUGCGUGUGAUCACUUAAAGGCUUUGAAAUAUUUCAUAGAAUCGAUAGAGGACCAACAACAGUUUAGCUGCGAAUACUAUCGCGAGAAAUACGACGAUAUAUGUUUCGAGGAAUAGAAAUCCUAUGCAGAGUUACAUUUUGCGGUUCAUGUGAGAGAAAGAACAGACACUUAAACGUCUAAUAACAUUUUGGAAACAAAUUUGAGGAGCUAAUUAAUAUUGUACGGGACAGUAAAAACCAACAGAAAACUGAACUAUGGAAGAAACAUAGAAAAAGACGAGAAGUUACUCGCUCAUUUUGUUUUCGUCAUUCGUCAUU